AUGCUGAGGCUAAAGAUGAUUCUGCUCCACCUGCGGUGGAAUCUGUGCUUAAUGCCAAGGAUGGAGAAAGUGAAAAAAGUGCUGCCACUAAGGUUGUUGCUCCUGAAGAACAACAAGAUGGAGAUAAUUCUCCAGCACAGUCCAGUGGUUCAGAUGAGCCCCCCAGACAUGCUGAGAUCAACUGUUUCGGGGGUGACUGGACAGCAUGAUGACACAAGUGUGACUACUGCUGAUCCCGUGAUUAACGCCGACGAGGGCAACCAUGACCAUGCUGCAAUCACAGAGCUAGUGGAGCAGGAUGGGAGCAACGUGCAUGACCAUGUUGACCAGAUUGCUGAUUCUUGCACAUCUGCUCCUGAGAUCGAUGCUGAUGGGAGCAAAGGGCUACAAAUAGAAGCACUGACUAUUGAGCCUGAAGUAUUGGAUGGAAGCGAUUGUGAAGCAACUUCUAAAGGACCUUCAGAAGAGGAAGUUGUCGCAAACGGGCUCGACUGUUCCCCCAUAAAAACAAUUGUUGAUGAACUAAAUGAAAAGGAUUUCUCAAUAUGAAACUUUGCGAGCAAGGUCCAAAUUACCUCUCGAAAAUAAAAUAUGGACAUUGUACAAUUUAUUAUAUUUAUGAACACCUCUUACUGCCAUUUGGUUUUUAUAUAUCGGAUGUGUCAUUUUAGAUCA